AUGUAAAAGCAGCAAGAAGAAAACCUUAAGCUUCUUUUGGCAACAUGAUUUCCAAUCACUCAAAUGCUAGUAAUGCCUCAGAAACUUAAGCUAUCUGCUAUCUAAAUACUGAACUGCCACCUGUGCUAUGUAUUCUCUAAUAUUGAACUUCAUAAUGUUCGAUUGUUGUCUUGUUGCUGCCCUGCCUCGGCACUUUUUUGCAAGUUUGACCACUGUUUGACACUUGUUUGUUGUUGGCUGUUGCUACAUGGAAAAUGGAGCUUGGGGUCCAGAUCAAUGCUUCAAACCUGCAAAGGGCAUCAGCAAUUCAGCAUUAGAAGUUGGCGACUUGGAGGUUUGGAGCUGCUUCGGUAUGAUCAGGGAAAGAGGGCAGCAAGGAACCAAAGCUGCCAUGGAGGACUAUAGUGUGAGGAUGGGUUUUGUGGAUGAUUAUAUUUGUGCUAUUUGUGAUGAGGGUGGCGACUUGAUAUGUUGUGAUGGUGACUGUGGGAGGUCAUUCCACCCAACCAAACCUACUGGUGAAGCUUCUCAUUGCGACACUCUUGGUCUGAGUGAAGAACAACUGAACUACCUGAGUUUCUGUGCGAAAAUUGUGAGUCUAAGAAGCACCAGUGCUUUGUUUGCGGAGAGUUGGGAUCUUCAGACCAAGGAGGAGGCGGACAGGUCAUCAUACAGUGCAAUAAAAGGGGCUGUAAGCGCUUUUACCACCCUGAAUGUCUUCCACUGGACAUCAAUAAUUUGCCAGGGGAUUCAUGCCCUAUGCAUGAAUGCUACUCGUGCAAGAAAAAACAUGCAACAUCAAAGGGUAACAAAACAACAGGAAAAACAAAGGGAAAAGAAACGUGCAGGAAAAAACAUGCAACGUCGGAGGGUAAUAAAACAAGAGGAAAAUCAAAGGGAAGGGGAACGUGGGAAAUGGACUUGGUGCUAUGCAGGCGCUGCCCCAAAGCAUUUCAUCGGAAGUGCUUGCCAAGGAAAAUCUAUGGCGGUGAAGGUGAAAUACAGAGGAUAUGGGAGACUGCGGGUGGGACUGUGUUCUAUUGCAGGGAUCAUGAGAUGGUAGAAAAUCUCAGAAGUGCAAAGAGGAACCGUAUUAAGUUUCGAGAAGAAAAACCUAAAGGUGCGGCUGAAAAUCAAAGUGUUGAGGAUGGGAACAAGUGAAGUAUUCCUGUUGCGAAAAAUAUGGCCGGACCUGUGGUGGCCUCCCUCCAUGAUUUAUCUUCCAACUUGUUGGAGAAAGGAAGCUUGUCUUGGGCUCUCGGCGAAUCGCAAAGAGUGAAGUGAAAACUUUGGUGUCGUCUAUGACAGACAACAUUUAUCUGCAGUCUUGCAUCAUUCAUGUGUUGAUGUGUUGAUGUGGUUUAUGUCCGGUGACCGUGAAACCGCUUUUGUGUGUAGCUUGACAUUGUUAUUUCUUACAUUGCCAUAAUUUGGACAUUAAUCAGGUAGUAUGAACCGCCAUUAAGACGA